UCCCAUCGCCCCAGAAACCAGAAACUAAAGAGAGGAACUUAACAGAAAAGAAAAAGAAAAAUGAUGUCCAUACAAAAGGAGGGAAAAUGUUGCCUAAAAAGAAACCUCAGCAAAAGAGCUCAUUUAUUACUGACCAUACCAUCAAUGCCCAGGAGAAAAAUAACAUGACUUGCCGUCUAUUGUCAGCAAGAGACCAUCAAAUUAAAGAACUGAAAAACGAAGUGGCUGUUCUGCAGAAUAAAUUGGAGACCUUUAUUACGGAAAAUAAAAUGUUGAAGCAUCUUCAGUCUCAACAUUUAAAAACAAUCACAAAAUAUGAAAAUGCCGAAAUUAACCUGCCUGAUCUUUUGGCCACACAGUCAAAUGAAGUGCAGACUCUGAGAACACAUCUCAGGAAAUCUCAGGAAGAAGAGCGCAGGGCUUCCCAGAAGCUGAGAGAUGUUGAGGCACAACUCUCAAAAACAAGGGAUGCCUUGCGGGCAUUACAGAAACUUUGUAAAAACAAGAAACUUGAAGAGAGAGAAGAACUUCAGCGUAAAUUAACAUCGCUUACCCAAAAAUUGGAAGCUAGGGAUAAGAAAACUCAGGAUUUGGAAAAGCAGCUGUCAUUGAAUACUGCUUCUUUUAGACACCAGUUAGCAGUUGAGAAAAAGAAGACUAUUGAAGCUCAGUCGAUGACAGCAAAUUUACAUGUAGAAAUCGAGUCACUGAAGCUAAAACUUAAGGUCCCUUAAUCAACCCCAAAAUAACAUGCAGCAGAAGACCAAGGAACAGGCAACAGGAUGAAAUAACCGACU